ACGGUGUCAUAUUGGUUGAUGAUGAGGUUAAAUCUGUCUGUGAAACAGACAGUAACGAUUGAGCAGAUAAAAAUGCGUAAAGCUGUAAACUUUCAGACUCGUGUUUCACAUCGAGAAUAUUUUUCUGACGGACAGAAGAGACGUCAUUUCCUAGUUUCUUCUCUGGUUCGUGAUAUGUGUAGCCUGUGCGUGCGUAAUUCAGAUUUAGUUGACAAAUAAUAUUUGUUUAAUUGCUCAUGAUAUAAUUAUGGAGAAGAAGAUUGCUGUACGCUCGCAAGAUCGUCAGAGGCGGGUGCUGGACUGUGCCACGCGACAGCGACGUUUGAACCGUCAACUAGAGGCUUUGGAAAAGGAUAAUUUUCAGGAUGACCCACACGCUAGUCUCCCGCAGCUAGUCAAGCGGCUACCUCAAUUCGACGAGAACGACGAAUCAGCAGGCAAACGGAGAAGGAAGACAAGAGGUGAUCACUUCAAACAGCGGUUCCGUAAGAACUUUCAGGCUCUCCUAGAGGAAGAGGACUUGAGUGAGAACGAUGGCCCAAACUACCUAACCGCCUGUGCCGAGCCUUCUAAGAUGCCGCAGCGUCAUUUUUGCGCCGUCUGUGGGUUCCCCUCUAACUACACCUGCGUGUCGUGCGGCGCUCGGUAUUGCUGUGUGCGAUGCCUUGGAACGCAUCAUGAGACUCGAUGUCUGAAGUGGACAGUAUGAUCUCUGUCUUUGUCUUUCUGUUCUCUGGACACUCUUGUGGCUAUAGCGAAAACACAAACCCCAGCUAAUUUGAUACAGCUGUGUUCAGUCUUUUUGCAUUCAAGUGCAUUCAUGUAGUGCUACCUAAACCAUUUGCCUGUGAAACGAAGCUACCUGUACCAGCAAGUGUUAUCUACUAGCAGAUGGUUGGAAAUAAUUGAUGUUUGAUGCAUUAAAUUUUGCCCAUAAAAAAUAGUCCUUCUCAGAGUAGAACGGUAGGGUAGCUGACUUGCAAAUGAUAACUGAUAUUUGUGUAGGAGUUUUUUUCUUAUUUAACUAGACGUUGUUCUUUGUAGCAUGUUUUUGCUCUCAUUAAACUCUUGUUGAUGAAAGUUAA